CUCCAGUCCCCCGUUCCUUGAUCCCUCUCCGAUCGCCCUACCUGAACCACACAUCGCUUCACGAUACGAGAUGUCUGAGCCAGCGAAGCCCGAGGCCCCGAAGCCUGAGGAGUCGACUGCCGCUGCCGAUGUCACCAAGUACAAGACCGCGGCGGACAUCGUGAACAGCGUGCUGAAGAAGCUCGUGUCACUCGCCGUGGAAGGCGCGAAGGUGCUCGACCUGUGCGUCGAGGGCGACAAGCUCAUCGAGGCCGGCACUGGCGCGGUGUACAACAAGUCCGUCAAGGGCGUGAAGGUUAGCAAGGGCAUCGCGUUCCCGACCAGCGUGUCCGUCAACAACACCGUCGCGCACUUCUCCCCGCUCGAGUCCGACCCGUCUUCGAGCCAGACGCUCGCCAAGGGCGACGUCGUCAAGCUCCACCUCGGUGCGCACAUCGACGGCUUCGCCGCCGUGAGCGCCGAGACGCUCGUCGUCGGGGCGACUCCUGAGGAACCCGUCACCGGCCGGAAAGCGGACGUCAUCCAGGCGGCGUGGCACGCGGCCGAGGUCGUGCAGCGUCUCGUCAAGGUGGGCAAUAAGAACUGGCAAGUUACAGAGGCGGUGGGCAAGAUCGCUGCCGCGUUUGAUUGCAAGCCUGUCGAGGGUAUGCUGUCGUGCCAGCAGAUGCAGAACGUGAUCGACGGCAAGAAGCGCAUCAUCCUGAACCCUUCGGAGGAACAGAAGAAGGGGUUCGAGACCGCUACGUUCGCGGAGAACGAGGUCUGGGGUAUUGACAUUCUCAUCUCCUCCGGUGAGGAAGGCAAGGCACGUCUCGAAGAGUCAAGAACGACGAUCUACCAGAAGGACUCGACCGUCACGUAUCAGCUCAAGAUGAAGACGUCGCGUGCGGUCUUCUCUGAAGUCCAAAAGAAGGCAGGCGCCUUCCCCUUCAACAUUCGCUCUCUGGAGGACGAGAAGCGUGCACGUCUGGGUCUCCAGGAGGCGGUACAACACGGCCUUGUCAAGCCAUACGAGGUCAUCUUCACCCCCGCGAACACCUUCGUCGCUGCGUUCCACUUCACGAUCGCUCUUCUCCCUGGCGGCCCUGCCCUGAUCACUCAUCCGCCUGUAUGGUACAAGCCCGAGCUCGUCAAGUCCGAAAAGUCGCUGGAGGACCCGGAGCUCAAGGAGCUCCUGGCGAAGCCUUUGCGCGAGAACAAGAAGGCGAAGAAGAAGGCGAAGAGUGAGGGCGAAGAGGCGAAGGCGGAGUGAUCGACCCGUGUCUCUUGUCGUGCGCGCAGUGUAAGAGAAGCAGAAUACAAAGGCGUGAUAUAGCAUCAUGUAGCAUCAAUAAAUCUUCUUGUCGUUAUGUCGAAGCAGGCGGUGGAAUUGGGACGUGCUCCGCGUCCUCCCCGAAUUCCCCGAUCGUGCGUACGACGAGGUCGACGUUUUCGAGGAAAGCGUUUGAUGUAAGCCGCGCUAGUCGCACGGUCAAUGUGGUGAACGUCGCUACGAGGUCGUUCCCCUCGACAGACAGUGUUCUCUUAACCACGUCCGGUUGUAGUUCCCUAUCAACGUCGAUGACCUGCUUCGCGAUAUUCGCGUGUUUUUCGGAGGCAAACGGGAUACGCAUCGUGACGUUAUGCCAUUGUGCC